AUGUGGAGGUUGGAAGUUUUUGAUCAUACGAAGUUUGAUAAGUGGGUGAGGAAAGUAGCUGCCUCUGCAAUAGCACCAAACAUGAAGCUUUAUGAAAAGGUUCAAGAUUUGGGGUACAAAUUUAUCUUGCUUACAGGGCGAAGAGAGAACGACACGGUUAUCACUAUCAAGAACCUGAUCAAUGCCGAAUGUGACAGCAGCUUUGAAUGUUUAUUUUCAAGAUCAUGGAUUUUAGCUUGUGUUCCCACAUUAUCUCUAGCACCCGUUGAAGCUGAUCCUGAGACAGAUGAGGUGACUUCAAGCUCUUCGGAUUCAAGUUGCUUGGUUGUGGGAUUCAAGUUGCUCACUCGUCUUGUAUAUCCAGUGCUGCUCACUUAUCCUGAACUCAUUGAUGCUGCAGUGAUCCCGUUUAAACUAAUUGCUAAUGUUAAAGACGAAUCCGGUAAGGCAAACUUUCUUUUGUUUGAUACCAACGCUCAAAUGAUUGUGCGUCGUAUGGCCGUUGAACUCUACGAUGAGAAUGAAGAUCCCGAGUUUUUACCAGAAGCAGUUAGCGACCUCUUUGGCAAGAGAAUGCUUUUUGAAAUUUCAGUUGAUUCUGAUAACAUCAGAGGAAAGAACUCUCGGUAUGUUGUUCGUAGGGCUAAUGAUGAUCAUGAAAUGAUUGAGGAAUUUGCAGCUUUGCCUCCUAAACCGGUUUUAAUGUUGCUCGCCUCCGAAGACAUUUCCGAUGGUUCCGGUGGUUCUUCAGCAACUCCUGUGUCUAAAAAAAAAAGCAAAGAAGAGCAAGACAAUGAUGUUGAGCAUCAACUCUCUGUCAACGAGAAACAUUGUCAAAACAAAAUCAAGGGCGAGUGAAACAUUGUCAACUCUUUGCUUUUUUUUUUCCAGACAGUAUGGCUUUGUCGUAUUUUUUUAUUAUUAUCUCUUGGAUUUGUCUCUUAGUAUUUUAGCUUGGGAUUUUUAAAAUUUUUGAACAAUUACUUAUGUUGAAACUGAGAGCUCUGGCUUUCUGAGCAAUUCAUUAUUUUAUUUGGAAGAAAAAAAAUUGUCUU